AUGACCUUGCCAGCAGAGGUCCAUUCUUCACAUCUGCGCCGUGGUUCGCACUCUUCCAGUGCAGACCCAUUUUCCGAACCUGACGUAUAUUAUGGCGAGGAGGAACAUCUAAGGAGACAAGCUCAGGCUCAUCGAAGGACACUGUCAUCUAGCCUGAAACGAUUUGACUUCUCCGAUCUGCAUGAUUUUAUCGGGAAAACUCCACCAAGACGCACGAGUCAUGACGAACGGUCACAUUCUCGCAAAUUCCUUAUCGAUGUCGAUGUCACAUUGGAGACGUUGCUGGAGCGUGAAGAUACAGAUAACAAUGCGCAAAUAACGAUAGAAGAUCAGGCGGAUACAGUAUUUUCCGUGGGCACCGCGGCAUCAUCUGGUUACAAUCGAUUUGAUUUGCGGGGUACAUAUAUGAUUUCGAACCUUCUUCAGGAACUCACUCUCGCAAAGGACUACGGGCGAAAGCACAUCGUACUUGACGAGAUGCGCCUGAAUGAGAACCCUGUUGCAAGACUAUCGCGUUUCGUGGAAAAGUCGUUCUGGAAUGCACUUACACGCCGGAUUGACGGUUCCAAUAUUGCAGCUGUUGCAAAAGAUCCGAAGGACUGGACUCCUGACCCCGUUCCCCGGAUCUAUGUGCCCCCUGGAGCUCCUGAACAGUACGAAUACUACAGGCGAAUUGCCGAAUCCGAGCCAGAUUUACGCUUGGAUGUUCAAUAUCUCCCAGAAGGAGAGCCUACCGCUGAGUACGUUAAGAACUUAAAUGAUAAACCUGGUCUCCUUGCGUUGGCUGUGGAGGAAUAUACAAACCCGAACUCGGGGAUGAAAGACUUGAAGGGUGUCCCUUUCGUUGUGCCUGGAGGUAGAUUCAACGAGUUCUAUGGAUGGGACAGCUACAUGGAAUCACUGGGACUCAUGGUAAAUGAUCGUGUGGAUCUAGCGAAGAGUAUGGUUGUAAAUUUUUGCUUUUGCAUUAAGCAUUAUGGGAAGAUCCUCAACGCCAACCGCUCCUACUACCUGUGCCGAUCCCAGCCUCCAUUCCUCACCGACAUGGCUCUUCGGGUGUUUGAUCGCAUUAAAGCGGAGCCCGAUGCAAAGGAUUUCCUUCGAACGGCGAUGUUGUCUGCUAUCAAGGAAUACUAUUCGGUAUGGAUGGCGGAGCCAAGAUACGAUCCCAUUACGGGGUUGUCCCGGUACCGACCAACCGGCCUUGGAGUUCCUCCCGAGACAGAGCCCUCGCAUUUCUACCAUCUAUUACUCCCUCAUGCAGAGAAAUUGGGCAUAACUUUUGAAGAAUUUGUCAAGGGUUACAACAAUGGGGAAAUUAAGGAUCCCGAGCUGGAUGAGUAUUUCCUUCACGAUCGCGCUGUGAGGGAGUCCGGACAUGACACCAGCUAUCGCCUUGAGAAUGUUUGUGCCAAUCUUGCUACAGUUGAUCUAAAUUCUUUGCUCUAUAAAUACGAAGUCGACAUUGCCCGAACCCUCCGUCACUUUUUCGAUGAUAAACUUGCCAUUCCUCCCGAGUAUAGGACAACCCAAAACGCUGAAAAGGGGUUCGAAUCAUCAGCGGUGUGGGAUCGCCGGGCGAAACGCAGAAAGCUAGCGAUGGAUAAAUAUUUAUGGGAUGAAGGAAAAGGGAUGUAUUUCGACUACAACACCGUUAAGCAAGAGAUAACAGACUACGAGAGCGCCACAACCUUUUGGACGAUGUGGGCUGGAGUUGCAAGCCCCCGCCAAGCGUCAAGACUUGUCAGUGAGGCGCUUCCCAAAUUCGAAGUAUAUGGAGGACUGGUAUCAGGAACUGAAAAGUCUAGGGGCGUUGUUGGCAUCGAUAGGCCCAACAGACAGUGGGACUAUCCAUACGGGUGGGCGCCGCAGCAGAUGCUGGCGUGGUCAGGACUUAUCCGUUAUGGAUACCAGGAAGACGCAGAGAGACUGGCCUAUAAGUGGCUGUACAUGAUUAUAAAAGCAUUUGUAGAUUUUAACGGCGCUGUGGUAGAAAAGUACGAUAUUACCCGUCCUAUCGAUCCCCAUAAAGUGGAAGCUGAGUAUGGGAAUCAAGGAGGAGAUUUUAAGGGCGUUUCUCGGGAAGGAUUCGGCUGGGUUAAUGCAAGUUUCGUCUAUGGUCUGGAAUUCCUUAACGCUCAUAUGAGACGUGCCCUGGGUGCAUGCACUCCAUAUGAGACCUUCAGCAGAGCCACAGUCCAAUGGGCAACCCCCAGUUGGGAUCAUCCGACUAAUGCAUGA